CAGAGACUUGCUCAGUUCAGUCGUGAAAAUUAAUUCUAUGUUUUAAAGUGUAUUACACCGUACAUCAGUUGUGUAGGAUAAUAGCACAAUGAUGGGUCGAAAAUCAGCAUUAACUGGAGUUUUUACCAGAAAUUCAUCAGCAAGCCAAACUAAAGACAACCGAGCUCGAUUUGAAAGUACAUACAGUGUGAGCCAUGUUUUAGGCAGUGGAGGUUUUGGUACCGUCUAUUCUGGGGUCAGAAUUCGAGAUAACUACCCUGUUGCAGUUAAACAUAUAGUCAAAGAAAAAGUUAGCGAGUGGGGACAGCUCAAUGGAGUAACUUUACCCAUGGAAAUUAUUUUAAUGAAAAAAGUCCAACAAGUGCCUGGUGUUGUGAGAAUUUUGGAUUAUUAUGAAAUGCAAGGAAGUUUUAUUAUUGUUAUGGACAGACCUGAAGCCUCAAAAGAUUUAUUUGACUUUAUCACAGAAAAAAGAGUUUUGGAUGAAAUGACCGCCAGAGACUUCUUCCGACAAAUUUUACUCAUGGUUUUGAAUAUUCAUAGAUGUGGAGUUAUUCAUAGAGACAUUAAAGAUGAAAAUAUUCUAGUAGACUUAAAAACAGGACAGUUAAAAUUAAUAGACUUUGGUUCUGGUGCAAUUCUGAAGGAUACAGUUUAUACAGAGUUUGAUGGAACUCGAGUGUACAGUCCUCCAGAGUGGAUCAAAUACCAUCGUUAUUGGGGUCGUUCUGCUACUGUUUGGUCACUUGGUAUCCUCCUCUACGAUAUGGUCUGUGGUGAUAUUCCCUUUGAACAAGAUGAACAAAUUACCAAAGCUGAUGUUACUUUUAAAAAUAGACUUUCUCAAGAAGUGAAAAAUUUAAUCUGUUCGUGUCUUUCUGUGAAACCGUCAGAUCGCCCUUCCAUUGAGGAUAUUUUACAACACCCCUGGUUACAAGUGGGCAGUCAAGAUAAUAGAACACAUAAUGAUAUCAAUAACUCUGAAAAAAAUAAAGUCUUAGAUGCCAGCUCAAUGGGAAGUCAAGACAGUGUUUGAAUAUUGACUAAAAUUAGGAAUUUACAAAUUUAAUAUAAAAACUGUGCAAUGCAAAUAAAUCAAGCCAGAAAACUGACUGAAAUGUGUUCAAGCCUGGCUUCAACAGUGACUCGAUAGUUCAGGGUGAUACAGUCAGUGUCAGCGAACACAGGGUCAUGAAUCAUGAUACUAGCAACCCACAGGGCCUUGUGAUAGACAGGAGGUGAACUAUAAACUUAAUGUGAUACAAACGUUGAAACACAGUUAAACUGUGUCUUAUUGCCAUUUCAAUGCAAAACUUCUAAAGUAUAUCAACUUUCCAAAGGAUAAUAUCGAAACGCAUCCAGCGUUUUCCAGCAAAAUCCUGGAUAAAUGUUAAACUAUCCAAAUAUCCAAAAAUUGGAAUGCAAAUUCCAAAAGGCAGCAAUUGUUUGAAUGUUGACAAUGAGGUACAUUGAAAAGGACGAACGGGUUAUUAUUGUGAUGUUCGAAAGAAGCGAACCUGAAACUUCAGUUUUUGAAAAUGUUGUUGGAAUAUCCGGGGGAAAUAUAUGUAAUUUAUUGUGAAUGAACGGUUGUGAGGGAGGGUGUGUGUGAGUGUGUGAGGGUGAGAUUGUGUGUGAACUAUUCAAAUUGUGCAUUUUAAAUUUUGUUUUGAAUGAACUAUCAUUAUUUCAUGUAUAAUUUAUCUGUAAAAUUCACGUUUAUUUUAAUCAUCUUAUUCAUUGUAUAUAUAAUUUCAUUAUUAUUUAUUUUUUUGUGUGAAGACUUCAGAGUUUGAAGUUUGUCCAAUUGUUUGUAUCAAAAAAUAAUAAAAAUUGAAUUUAAAAAAGAAUAAUAAAAGAUCAAAAUU